AUUGCCUUCACUCUGAUAGGAAUUCUGGAUCAUGUUAUGCAACAAAUGAGUAACCACACCUCUCUCUCCCUCUCUCCCUCAUCAGAAGCAAACAGUUUAUUGUGAAUGCUUUCACCUCUUGUUUCUUUACCACAAGGACUUCUUAUUAAGGUGUUUUGUUUGUUCGGUGCAGACACAAUGAGAGACGUGGGGCUGCUGCUGCUGAUCCUGACAAUACCAAAUGUUGCCGAUGCAGGUGAAUGCCGUGCACCAGAUGGCCAGGCUGGUAAAGCAGGGGAACCGGGUAUAACUGGCAGAGACGGCAGACCCGGAGCAAGAGGGGAUACUGGCGACCCAGGCGCGACCAGUGGCACUAGUGAUGUGCCGAAAAAGCGGGGACCACCAGGAGAUCCAGGAUCACCGGGAAAGCAUGGCUCCAAAGGACACAUUGGUCAAACGGGGCCAAUUGGUGAAACUGGGCCAUAUGGACCACAAGGACAGAAAGGGCAUUCAGGUCAGGGCGGUGGUCUGAGGGGUAGAGAGAGACCUGCCUUCUCUGCUGUUAUAUCCACCGGGCGGCGUCCUUCGUAUGGACCAAUAAUAACCUUUGACAGAAUUAUUACCAAUGAGGGAGCUUGCUUUGAUCAUGUAACUGGGAAAUUUCUUACUUGUAAAGCAGGCUGGUAUUACUUCACAUACAACAUAGCUACUGGAGGGAAACUUUGUAUAAAGAUAAUGAAAAAUAACGUCAAGGAAGCUGGAUUCUGUGACGUUGCUGCAACCACAAAUUCCCAGUCCAACUAUCAGAUAAAUUCAGGUGGGGUAGUGCUGCGGCUCAAGAAGCAAGACCAAGUGUAUCUCGAAAUGGUAUCCGAGUACAAUAACAUUUAUGGAUCAGACGACGUCAACAGUGUCUUUUCUGGCUUCCUUCUCUUUCCAGAUCAAUAAAUAUUUUACAGCAAGGUAGGAACUAGAGAGCCCUUCAUCUAGAUGAUCUAAUCUCAUAGUUAAAUGAACCGCCAAGUGAUAUCUAAUAAUCCAGUCCAAACUGAAUCUCCAAAUCCAGCCUCUUUCUCUUCAUAAUGUUAGACUAUUUUGACAGGGAAAAAAAAAAGAAAAACAAUGAAGAACUGCAUUCAAUUAUUUUCAUCCAGCCAGAAUUGAACAUCACCCAAAAUAUCCUAAAAUGCUAAGACAGGCUCAAAGUUAGAAAAGAGAGGUUCAGGUCCCACUUCACAGAUCUAAGCUCCCUGGCAUCACUGACACUGUAUUCAAAAAUAGAGGUUAAAUCAAUAUCUUUGUUAUUCUCUCAAAUAUUCAGAAAGCAGGAGCAUUCUCCAAAGAACCAGGACUGAUAUUAGGAGAAAACUGUACCCUAAUUAUGCCUUUCAUAAUUUUGUAUAUUUGUAUCAAUUCCCCAAUUUUAUUCAGCCUCCCGUACUCCAAAAAUCAAACCCAGCCUCUCCAGUCUCUCCUCAACCUCCUCUGCUCCCUCUCCAGUGUAAUGUUCUCCUUCACUUAGUACGAACCAGAACUGUUAACAGUAAAGAUAGACACAGAAUGCUGGAGUAACUCAGCGGGACAGGCAGCAUCUCUGAAUAGAAGGAAUAGGUGAUGCAUUCAGGUCGAGAACCUUCUUCAGACUGUUAACAGUACUCCAGCUGUGCUUAACCAAUAUUUUAUAAAGUUACACCCUGUCCACCCUGCUUUUAGAUACCUCCGCUAUUGCAGAUAAGCCAUCUUCAUUAAUUUGCUUAUUCAUUAAGAGCUUCCUCACCACUUUAUCUACCAGUGCUACCUUCACUGAUCCUUUGAUUGUACAUCACUGAUCCCCGCAUCCCUUGUACUCUCAAAGGCCCAACCAUACAGUGUGUAGAUCGCACCUUUAAUGGUCCUCCCAAAGUGCAUAAUCUGGCUCUAUUCCUGAUCACAGAAGUCAAUGCAGCCUCGAGAGCCUCGAGAACAUUUUGCUUCUGUCAUAGAAAUCUGUGAGGAGGACAAUGAAACAUCUUAAAACGUAAUUAGAGUAUCAGAUGUAGUUAAAUGCACUGGGCAAGCAAAUGGCAUUCUAAUUUCUGUAGGCAUGGGCGGCAAGGGGGUUCACCAGUCAAGCUGCUCCACAAAAUGAAAAUACCAAUGUAUUGUUUCUUCAGUAGAUAUUUUGUGAUAUAUGUGUAUAAGUUACUGCAAUCAAACCAUCCAUUAUAUGCAUGAUAAUAUCAAGCGUAUCUCCAAAUAAAAAAAUAACAAAAUA